GGCCGAAUCUGACAAGUCCGAGAUGUUGUAGGUGCGCGGUUCUCACAGCUGUUUUUCCAAAUUCGUUCGCGGAUCAUCGCGGGAUGCUGGCCAGCAGGCACGCGCGUUCCCAGAUAGAUCCGAUGUACCGGUGGGCCUGAGGACUGUACAGGAAGCGGGACGAGAUUUCUCCUGCGGUGGUCGCACCGCACCGAAUUAACCUUUGCGCUCCCGCGAUUCCUCCGUUACAGGUUGACCUACUUCUCGUCUUGGAGCGCGCUUAAAGUCGGACCAACAGCCCGUGUGCGGAUCAUGCUACGGCCAGUCUUUUAAAUUAUAUAUACAUAUAUACACAUACAUCGACACUCAGCACUAUGCCAGACAGGAACAGAGUUUUGGUCGGUGCUGGAGUAUUAUGGGGUGUGACCCUUUGCUGUCUUUUGUUUAGUCGCAAGUUGAGAACUACGAGACUGUUAAAUUUCAUCCCUGCGAUAUUAUAUCGCAAUCAAAAAAUGGAGAAUGAGGAUGAACAGAAGCAUAAUACAAACGACGCUGGUACAUCAACGAACUGUGAUACUAAUGUACAUACAAAUGCGCAAAAUGAAGUCCAAAAUAGACAGCCAACGCCAAAUUUUAUGAUGGGUGGAUUAACAGGGGCGUCACCACCAAAAUUCGUGUCUUUUGACGAAAUUAUUAAAGCUGCCAAUGGAAUGAAAAAUAUGGCCUUAGCCCAUGAAAUCGCUGUAGAUAAGAAUUUUCAGCUGCAAAAGUUGGAACCAGAAGACGGUAGUUUUCAUAGGCGAGUAAAAGAGAUAAUGCACAAAGCUUUUUGGAAUCUGUUAGCAGAGCAGCUGGCCGAAGAACCGCCAGAUUAUUCGCACGCACUGGUUUUAAUAAAAGAGAUUAAAGAAUCACUGGAUGAACUUGUACCGCCACAAAAUGCAAGAAUCAAAGAAAAUAUUAGAGAAGUGCUUGACUUGGACUUGAUUAAGCAACAAGCGGAGAAAGGUGUAUUAGAUUUUCACCAUUACGGGCAAUACAUAAUCUCUACUAUGAGUAAAAUAUGCGCGCCAGUGAGAGACGAGAAAAUCAGAGAGCUGUCGCAGCAGACGGACAUUGUGGAAACGUUCAAGGGUGUCAUGGAAUUGUUGCAGUUAAUGAGACUGGACUUGGCGAAUUUCACCAUCACAAUGAUGAGACCAAAUAUUAUCGCCUCGAGUAUCGAAUAUGAGAAAGCCAAGUUUGCCGAAUUUUUAAAGAUUAAUUCGAACGGCUUGCAAUACACAGAAAAAUGGUUACUGAGACAUUUCGAUCCAGAGAAAGUCACAGGUUCAUCGAACGCUGGUACUAAUAAUGUAAGACAAAUUACUCAUUCCUUAUUGACAGAGGCGUAUCUCGAUCUCCUGGAAUGGGAUUUCAGUCCAGACGCCGAGACAUUGAUGUUGGAUCAAGGAAGACUUCUGGAAUUACGUGACAUAACCAGUAGAUUGAGCGUCGUCGGUUCUGUGAUAUUAUUGGUUAAUAACACAAUUGGUGCACCAAUUCAUGGGAUCUCGAGCUUUAAGAAGAAUAUUAAGGAACAUUUAAAUGCAUUGUUGGAUUCUGUACAUUCAAACAAAGAUCUAGAAGCUGCAAUGCCAAAUAUUAUACUACAAGUAAAAACAGAUGUAAAAACGACACUACGGGAAGUCAAUGCUCCCGAGUUGUCGCCAGAAUUGGAGACGCUAUUAGAAGGUCAAAUAACCGAUCUUAUAGAUACGAAACAUAAGAUCAGAUAUCUCGUCAGUCUACGAAUUAGACAGUUCCUACAGAAAAUUAUUCAGUCGCAAUCCACUGCGCCCCAACAAGUACCACCAGGCCUCUCCUCGUUGCAGGAGGAAUUAGCGGCCAUUGCUGCCCGAUUUGUAAUACUUGUUUCGCAUAAUCGCAGCGUAUUUUGCGAGUAUUACCAAGAUAUUGUUGCAAACGCGCUUGCGAAAAGCGACGUUGACAAUAAUAAAGAGAUACAUGGAGCACAUACUAUGGAAUUGUAAAAAGAAAUAAAUGUUAUAAAUAAUGUUACAUACACUCGAACCUCGCUAUGCUUGUUUAAAACGUAUGUCAUAUCGAGAUCUAUCUUGUAGCAACGAGUAAUCAAGUUCCUCAAUAGAUCAAAUUGCGUUCGAUAUACGUCGCUUUUAUUAAUACAGAAUCUUUUUUCAAGCGUUAUGUUAAAACACGCUGUAUCGAGAUGCGAGUGUAUAAUUUUUCACAUUUAUGUCCAUUUAAUUGUGGACAAUUAUUCACAAAUUGCAUAUUACAUAAUUAACAAGAUAAAAAAAAUACCUGUAUUUUUUACUGUCAUUCACAAUUGCGACGAUCAUGAUCAUUUAAUGCCAAGCAGUAACAGAAUUAUUUUCUUUCCUUUUUAAUAUGUUAUUUACAGGAUUAGUGUAUUAUAGAUUGACUAAUUAAAUCGAUGUGGUGUACGA